AAAACACCGAAUACAUUUACUUUCCUCGUGACCCAGUCCCGACCUUAUUUCCUGGCCAGCGUUUCGCAGUGGGUGGAGGAUCGCGAGAAGGUGGAGUUCGAUUAAAAUUGUCCUGCUCGUGGGACUGCGAGUGAGGAGAGCAGCUAAGAUAUUUGGGCAAGUUUGUGUGCGAGCACACACGCCGCCAGCGAUGUCCCCGCUGUUUAGAACUUGCAUGCUCCUAGCGGGGUUUGUUUUAUUUUACGUCGCUUACCUGCUUUUAGGAGCGCUUGUUUUCUCGUACAUCGAGGGUCCAGUAGAGGAGAAACUAAAAACGGACUUGACGUCUCUCAAACAACAAUUCCUCAACCAGAGCUGCAUCAACGCAUCGCAGCUGGACGCCUUUUUGGAAAAAGUUUUGAAGGCCAAUAAGUACGGCGUCUCAGUUCUCCGAAAUGCUACAGCCCAUUCGAAUUGGGAUCUGGCCUCAUCCUUGUUCUUUGCGAACACUUUGGUGACGACAGUAGGAUAUGGGCACACCACGCCCCUGUCGGACGCGGGCAAGGCCUUCUCCAUCGUCUACGCGCUGCUGGGCGUCCCCUUCACCAUGCUGGUCCUGGCGGCCUGCGUGCACCGGCUCAUGCACCUGCUGACGUACGGGCCCCUGGGCGUCCUGCAGAAUCACGCGGGCAUGGCGCCGCGCCUGGCCAGCACGGUCCACUUCGGCCUGCUCCUGCUCCUCGUGGUGGUCUGCUUCUUCACCGUGCCGGCGUUCAUCUUCAGCGCCAUCGAGAACAACUGGUCCUUCCUGGACGCCUUCUACUUCUGCUUCAUAUCGCUCUGCACCAUCGGCCUGGGCGACUUCGUGCCGGGCGAGCAGCCGACGCAGAGCCACAGGGCGCUCUACAAGAUCUCCGUGAUGGUGUACCUCUUUGUUGGGUUGAUGGUGAUGUUCCUCGUUCUGCGCACGUUCCACAAGUUGGCCGACCUGCACGGCCUGACGGCGUUCUUCCACUUGCCCAGCUGUGACGAGGACCUGGCCGAGGACAAGGAGCCCAUCGUGGAGGAGGGCCGUGAGGAGGACCCUCCAGAAUCGGAGAAGGCAGUCACCAAGCCCCUGGAUCCAAGCUCCCAAGUGUCCUACAACUCCAUCAGCAGAUGAUGGACUCCUUAGUACUUUAGCGCCUCUGUAUUUUUUUUUCCCCUCUUUGUGUUUGUUGUUUUUGUUUGUUUGUUUGUUUGUUUGUUUGUUUAUAAUGGGUUUGAGUGAUGGUUAUCAUCUCAUCGCCUACCCUAUGAAUAGAAGGUGGCCAAAGGGGAAUAGAAGGAGGGGCGAAGGGCAAUAGAGGGGGGCCAAGCGUUGGCUGGUGCAUCCCAGUGUCCAGGAUAUAUUGGUUUGACCCCACGAGAGAACAUCCGAGAACAAAGAGGAUCAGAUGUGUUUGAGGUACAGUACAGUGGACAGAGGUGUGGCAAUGGUUGGUAUUUGUUGUGGGACUAGACCGGCUAGCUGAUUUUUAGGGGUUCGUGAGGAAAUCAAGAAGGCAAGUCUGGGGAAGAACAGCAGUGUAAUUCACAACUGGGGGGGGGG